GAAGCAUGUGAUGAGGCGUUUGAAAAAUGGCGACAAGUGGUCGGCAUCGAUUUCAUGGAGACAACUGAUGCCAAAAAAGCCGACAUUGUCAUCAGUUUUGAAGACCUUCCAUUAUCCUUGAUGAACGGCUGGUUACUUCCAGCAGCAGCAAUCGCCAGCCGUCCUGGAAACAGCAGGAUUAUCCUAGACAAAAGCCGCAUUUGGGGCUAUCGAAACCAUGUUCCAGUGAGUAUGGCUAAAACACGUUAA